AUGUCUCGUAAAACAAUAGCAACAAACACUAUUAAUAGUGUCGAUGCUCCAUUUUUAUCAAUUGAUUCUAAAUUAAUGGAGUCUUUACAAAACUCAGCACAUUGUUCAACAAAUACUCAUGCUAAUAAUAAUAAUUAUUAUUAUUAUUACAAUAAUUCAUUAAUUGGUCAACAUCAAACAUCUUCACAUUUACAUGAUUUAUUUUAUAUAAAAGAUAGAAAUAAGAGUAAUAAUAAUUAUCAACAUCAACAACGUAUGUGUUCUUGUUCAGAAAAUAGUUCAACGUCAUCUGAUAUUGAUACAUUAUUACAGUUUGAUUCCAACUUUGGUUCUAAUUUGUCCAAUGCCCGUCAACGCUGUAGUACGUGUAGUUCAAAUACAUCAUCAUCCGGUAUAUGCAGUGCAUUUUCUGACGUCGAACGUGAAGAAGGUACAUCCGUGAUAUCAGAAGAUCUUGAUUUUAAUCUUGGUUUUGAUCAAAUUAGUGAUAAUGAUGACUUUGAAGAAGAUAAUCUGGAUGAAAUCGAUAAAUAUGAACAAAAUGAAGAAGAUAAUCAACGAAUCUCAAAUAAGAACAGUAGUAAUACAUCAACAUUACUUGAUUUCACUAAAUCAAAGUCAGAUGCAGGUAUGAAUGAAUUAAACGGAUUUCUUCAUAAAUCUUAUACUUCAACAACUCUUAAUGAUAAUGUUAUAUUUAAUAAUGAUGAUACAAUAAUAGAUAAUCAAAUAAAACAAGAAAAACAUGCAUCGUUAUCACAUGAUUCAACAAAUACAUUGUGUUCAUUAGAUCGGUUUGCAAUGUAUACGGAAAAUGAUGAUCAUGAAAACGAUAAAACAUUAAAUACUAUUUUUACACGUUUCAAUUCAUUGGGUAUUCCUAUAUUAGAUAGAAAAUCAGCUUUAUUGGAUAAACCACCAAAAAAAGUUGUACGAUUCGCUGAUAUGUUGGGCCUUGAUCUGGAAUCUAUUCAUUAUAUGACUCCACCAGAUCAAGCAGCAAAUUCACUUAUUCAAGAGUGUAUUCGUAAUAAACUGGAACAAUCAUGGUUAGUUAAAAGUCAGUCAAAUCUAGUAUCUUCAUCUCCAUGUCCUUUUGAUCUGUCAAAUGGUUUUCAUCGAUCAUCUUUAUCUGCAUCUUUUACUGUCUCUAAGAGAUCAACAAAUCAAUAUUAUUUAGUUUCAAAAUGUUUUACUUCUCCAAAAAAUAUAAUCCCAUUAAUAUACCAACGACAAGUAAUGCUUGAAUGUUUAUAUACACAAGAUUCACUGGUAUAUGGAACAGUUCGUGUCCAUAUUUGUACUAAUGAAAAACGUGUCUUUGUUCGUAUAAGUGAAAAUGAUUGGAAAACAUUUGAAGAUAUUUAUGGAUGUCAUUCAAUGUAUUAUUCAAAUGAUAAUACAGAUACAUUUACAUUUGAAAUACGUCUAAAAAAAUAUGAUGAUAAUAUAAAAGUACCUAAACAAAUUUAUUUUGCUAUUUGUUUACAAAGCAACAAUCAAGAAUUUUGGGAUAAUAACCUUGGACGAAAUUAUGUAUUAGAUGUACUUGAAAGGUAA